UGAUGUCCACUCCCACAGCACAGCAGACCUGAUCCUCCAACAUGUCUCUACAAAACAUCUGGGCUUGCAUGUUGAGACGUAGCAGACAUCUUUUUAAAAAGGAUUUACUUUUAAGUGUGUGUGUGUGUGUGUGUGUGUGUGUGUGUGUGUGUGUGUGUGUGUGUGUAUGUGUGUCUGUCUGCAUGUAUGCAUGCACGCAUGUACGAAGAGGCUAGAAGAGGGCAUCGGGUCCUCCGGAACAGGGUGACAGUGGUUGGGACAGUGGUCCUGCUGGGCAUGCAGGAACUGAACUCACUUUUGCAAGAGCAGCCGGUGCUCUUACCUGGUGAGUCAUCUCUCCAGCCCCACAGCAGACAUCUUUUAAAGUACAGAGUUGAUUUUGCAAGAGCAAGGAGGAAUCUCCAGGGGUCCCCAAAGGAAGAGAAAACCAAGUUCCCAAAUGGUGAUGGGUGAGGGUCAGAGGAUGAUGACUUGGGUGCAGGUUACCAGUAACAUGGCCAGCCUCAAAUACAAAGGGGCUUGAACAAGCCAUGAAUAAUUGUCACUAUGGAGUGGAACUAUGAAGCCCCCUGGAAGCCAACAAAAAGGUUUCGGUGUUAAUAAAAAUGUGUCUUAGAAAAAAUAUACAUGGGGGGCCAAAAUAGAACUGGGAAAUUUUUUCUAGCUUGAAGUAGACUUUAGGAAAAAGGAAUUUGUAACCACCAGCUGGUUUGGAGGUUGACACUCAGACCUGUUGGUUGUGGAAUGCUGCUCUCAAGCACAGCGUUGAUUUUAAAAGUAUCUAUAAACUCAUAAUACCCAAGGGUUGUCUGGGAGACACAGAGCAGGCCAUAAAGAUAAGCGUGUAUUGCAGAUGAGUUAAUCUAGAAACUUCUGCUGUAAAAGUUCCUUCCCAGGAGAGGUGAGGGCUGUAUGUACUCCUCCAAAGGUCCCAGUGACCAACUCAGGCUCCAGAGCUCACCCGGGAAACGUUGUGCCUAUGCUAACACAGCACAGGGGAUCACCUGCUUCCAGGAUGUGGGUGCGCCUCCCCACUAGUCCUCACAUGGGAAGCCUUUACCAAGCAAGGAUGAGGGCUUCCCUGUGGCCACAUAGGUAGAGCCCCUCCCUAGUGUAUUGUACAGCAGGUGAGGAGUGGUAAGGAGCUUUCUGGAAAGCCUGGCAGAGUAGAGAACAGGAGUUUGACCUUGACCGUUAGUGUCUGGCGGAGGAGGAUACUUCAGAAGGCUGAAAGGGUUUGGUGGUAAUAUCUCUGUGGUGUGCAGGGGACAUCAGAAAGAGUCACUCUGCUUUGUCCAGUAGAUCUGAGUUGCCUAGGCUGGUCUCGAACUUUCAGUCUUCCUUCAGCAACUGAGUGGCUGGGAUGACAGGCAGAUUUUAUGUUCAUCUGUGAGAGAUGACUGACAUGUGAUAAAUGAUCCAGGAACAUUAAGGCAGUGUGGUCAAGGCGUCUUCAGUAGCCUAUGUGUGUGUGUGUGUGUGUGUGUGUGUGUGUGUGUGUGUGUGUGUGUUGGGAGUUGGGCUCAAAGCACCAAGCUAGUGUGAAACUCUGAUGUCUUUGACUGAUGUGGUCAGGAGCUGGAAGGAUGCUGUCCUGACUAGUUUUAUGUCAACUUGACACAAACUAAAGCCAUCAGACAGGAGGGAACCUUGAUUGAGAAAAUGUCUUCAGAAGAUCUGGCUGUAGGCAAAACUGUAGGAUAGUAUCUUAAUUAGUGACUGAUGGUGGGGAGAGCCUAGUCUAUUGUGGGUAGUGCCAUCCUUGGGCUGGUGUCUCUGGGCAAGCCAUGGGGAGCAGGCCAGUAGGCAGCACCCCUCCAUGGCGUCUGCAUCAGCUCCUGCAUCAGCACCUGUAUCAGAUUCCUGCCCUGAAUUCCUUCAGUGAUGGACUAUGAUGUAUGAAGUGUAAGCCAAAUAUGCCUUUUCCUCCCCAACUUGCUUUGGUGUUUCAUCACAGCAGUGAUAACCCUAUCUAGGACAGAAAUUGGUACCAGGAUUGUGGAGCAUUGCUGUGACAGACUGUUGUUGUUGUUGUUGUUGUUGUUAUUGUGAGGAUUGUGAAACUUUGGGCAAGAAAAGCCAUUGAGUGUUGAGAGCUCAACGAGCUCUUCUGUGAAGACAUGGAAGAAAAGAGCAUUGAGGGAAAUGUGGACAGUGGAGCUUGGCUUGUGGCAUUCCAGAGGGAAGGCUGAGCGAGAAGGGAGGUUUAAGGGAGGUUAGUCAGGGCCAUUGCAUGUUUACUGUUUUGAAUCAAGAUUCUAUGAAAUUAUCAGUGAUGAAGAAGAGACUGAGGUGAAAUCUCCUGGAAGUGUUUCCUCAGGGUCAACACAGAGAACUCAUGUCCCAGAAGUGUCCAAGGUUGUGCCGUGUGCUGGCAGCUGAGCUUGGUAAUGUAGGAGUCACCCAACUGGACUUGUGACAGCAUAAAGGGGUCAUGGAGAGCAGCUGAGGCGUGGCACUGUGAGGCCAGGAGAGGCCAUUGGUGAAAGUGCAGCCUCAGGAGCAGUUGAAGAACUGAAGGGGCCAUGCAGAGAAGGUGAGGCUAGCACCCGGAAGAGAGCCCAGGAGACACUGUGGGUGAGAGCACAGCUCAGUGGAGUGGAGACCCCAGCAUUUUAGACAAGUCAGCAUCUUAGGGUGACCAUCAGGAAAAGCUCAAUGGAGUGGAACCAUCUGGAGCCCAGAAGACAAACUAAGUGUGAGGCAGAGGGCAGAGCCAGAGAGUUGACCUGAGCCCCUUAGCGAGGACCCAGGCGAUCAGGAGUGACCGCAGUAGUGGACGUUGAGUUAUUUCAGGAACCCAGAGCUGAGAGACUUUGGAUUUUCAAAAGGAAACUGAAGUUUUAAAGUAUCUGAAUGUGUAAGGACCUCCACAUUCCCAAUGAGGACCGAAUCAAGCAGCUGCUGGGGCAGGAUGCCUGGACCUCACAGAAGAGUGAACUGGCUGGCUUCUAUCCCCGGCUCAUGGCCAAGUCAGACACGGGCAAGAUUGGUUUGAUCAACUUGGGCAACACAUGCUAUGUGAACAGUGUCCUUCAGGCCUUAUUCAUGGCCUCUGACUUUCGACACUGUGUGCUGCGCUUGACUGAGAACAACUCCCAGCCCUUGAUGACCAAGCUGCAAUGGCUCUUUGCCUUCCUGGAGCACAGUCAGAGGCCUGCCAUCUCUCCUGAGAACUUCCUCUCUGCAUCCUGGACACCCUGGUUCAGCCCUGGCACCCAGCAGGACUGUUCAGAAUAUCUGAAGUACCUGCUGGAUCGGCUUCAUGAAGAAGAGAAAACUGGGACAAGGAUCUGCCAGAAGCUCAAGCAGUCCAGCUUGCCAUCCCCACAGGAAGAGCUCCCCAGCUCCAAUGCAACAUCUGUGGAGAGAAUGUUCGGAGGCAAGAUUGUGACGCGGAUAUGCUGUCUCCACUGCCUCAAUGUUUCCUCAAGGGAGGAGGCCUUCACAGACCUCUCUUUGGCCUUCCCUCCUCCUGAGAGAAGUCGCCACCGCCGCCUUGGCUCUGUGAUGCUCCCCACGGAGGAUGUUCGAGCCCAGGAGUUGACGCUGGCUCCCAGAGCCCCAGGGGCGCAGAGGCAGAGGAAGCACUGCAUCACAGGGGACGCUCCUCGCACUGGGCUGGACAUUGAAGGUGUGGACACCGUAGGCAAUGGCGGACAGAGUGGGCAGGAGAAGGUAGAGAGGGAACAGGCUGGGAAGGAGAAGGAGGUGGCAGAGGACAGGGAAGAGGAAGGACCAAGGGAAGAGGAGAAAGAAGAAGGGGAAGAGAAAGACAAAGAGAAGAAGGAAGAUGAGAAGGAAAAGGAAGCCGAGGACGGCAAGGAGAAGGAAGGGGACAGCUUGGGACCAGGGACCCGCAAGGAUGCUGCCACUCCACCCAGGGAGCAGGCAUGUGGCCCUGAGGGUUCCCGCUCUGUACUGGACUUGGUCAACUACUUCCUGUCUCCUGAGAGGCUGACAGCUGAGAACCGCUACUACUGUGAGUCCUGUGCCUCCCUGCAGGAUGCGGAGAAGGUGGUGGAGCUGAGCCAGGGUCCAUGCUACCUCAUCCUUACACUGCUGCGCUUCUCCUUUGACCUGCGUACCAUGCGGCGGCGCAAGAUCCUGGACGAUGUCACCAUCCCCCUUCUGCUGCGCCUGCCACUGGCUGGGGGUCAGGGCCAGGCCUAUGACCUCUGUAGUGUGGUCGUACACUCUGGAGUGUCCUCAGAGAGUGGCCACUAUUACUGCUAUGCUCGUGAGGGUGCUGCUCGGCCAGCUCCUGUCCUGGGAUCCACAGAGAGGCCUGAGCCCGAGAACCAGUGGUACCUGUUUAAUGAUACCCGGGUGUCGUUCUCAUCCUUUGAGUCUGUCAGCAAUGUCACCUCCUUUUUCCCUAAGGACACUGCCUAUGUGCUCUUCUACCGCCAGAGGCCCCAGGAGGCCCCUGAGGCUGAGCCUGGUUCUCCUAGAGUCCGAGCAGAGCCUACCCUCCACAAGGACCUGAUGGAGGCCAUUUCCAAAGACAAUGUCCUCUACCUGCAGGAACAGGAGAAGGAGGCACGGAGCAGGGCAGCUUACAUCUCUACACUCCCUGCCCCUCCACACUGGAGUAGAGGCUUCGAUGAAGAUAAAGAUGAGGAUGAAGGCUCGGCAGGGGGUUGCAACCCUGCAGGGGGCAAUGGUGACUUCCACAGACUGGUCUUCUAAUGGGAACUCCCACUUGUGGGGGUAUCAUAACCAACCUCAGAGUGGGCCGGGUGGGGCUCAGGGCCCAGGUCGAACACUGCCACCUGGGGUCUUAGAGAGCUGUGGAGGCAAACCCGAGGUGAAACAGGUCUUUCUGAGGGCAAGGAGGAUGAAGAGGGACCAUUUGGGAUGUCAGUCUGUAGCUUGAAGUACACAGAGAAACUGAAACCCAAAGCUAUAGGCAUUCAUCCUAUUAAACUAUUAGUCAAGUGUCCUGACUAA